AGUGACAUUUAGUAUGUACCUCCAUACCUAUACCUAUCUGCUAUAUUAAUUUGUUUGUAAAUUAUAAUUUAAUUUGAGUUGAGUUUUCAGAGUACUCUGUAAAUAUAGGAAAAGUUUUUUAUCAGUUAAUAAAAGCAAUUAAAUCUAUCAUGGAGUUACAGUGCAAAGUUCAAAACUAUGAAUGGGGUAAGCUAGGGUCAGAAAGCAUUGUAGCACAACUCUUGGCAAAUGGGAACCCAAAUGUUACAAUUGAUCCUGAUAAGCCUUAUGCUGAACUGUGGAUGGGGACCCAUCCAAAUGGACCUUCCUUAAUAAUCGAAAGAGGCAUUCUUCUGUCAGAGUACCUUAAAGAUAAUCAUGAUGCAAUAGGUCCUGAUGUUAAAAGGAAGUUUGGUAUCACAGUCCCAUUCCUUCUUAAAGUUUUGUCAAUUCGGAAAGCGCUUUCUAUUCAAGCACACCCAGCUAAGGAUCAUGCAGAAGAACUACAUAGACUCUUACCAGAUAUGUAUAAGGACCCCAACCAUAAGCCAGAGCUUGCCAUAGCAUUGACUGCAUUUGAAGCAUUGUGUGGCUUUAGACCGGUCACUCAAAUUAUGAAGUUUUUACAAGAUCUGCCUGAACUUGCACAUAUCUUGCCGGAGAAUAGUUUGAAUGUGUUCCUUAGUUUGAAAGGAGCUGAAAGUCAUGAAAAGGAAUUGAAAUCAGUCUUUCACUCUCUUAUGACAUGCGAUAAAGAAAAAAUAACAUCAAGUUUAAAAAAAUUAUUAUCUAGACUGGAAAAAGAAGAUUUAUCUACGCAGACAUCGCUUCUCUAUCCCUUGGUGCAAAGACUUCACGACGACUUUCCAGGGGAUGUUGGGUGUUGGGCGCCAUACUUUAUGAACUAUUUGAAGCUUGCUCCCGGCCAAGCUAUCUUCCUCAAGCCAAACUUGCCACAUGCUUAUAUUAGUGGAGACUGUAUAGAAUGUAUGGCGUGUUCCGACAACGUGGUGCGAGCUGGUCUCACGCCCAAGCACAUAGAUGUUCCCACUCUCAUUGAGAUGCUGGACUACAGGAGCUACACUAAGGAGGAGAUGCUGUUCACGCCGCACUUGGAAGACGAGAACAGCUGCAUAUGGAGACCACCUGUGCCAGACUUUGCUGUUGUUAAAAUAAAGGUGCAAAGUGGCGAUUCGUACAACACAAUAGUGCGGCCCAGUCCGAGUGUAAUCAUCAUCACGUCUGGUUCAGGGCAGGCGUGCGACACGGAACCCCUACCCGUCAGGCCGGGGGUGGUUCUGUUUCUAAAGGCGAGCCGGCAACUCACGCUCACACCCGCUGAGGGGUCACAUAUCGAGGCGUACCAGGCUAUUUGUAAUGUCUGAGAAAUAUAAACAUAUCUCUCAAGGUUACCACCUAUAGGGCCGGCCCUACUAUAGAGGGAACGGAGCGGUCGCUCAAGCGGGGUGAUUCACUAACUCAAUGUCUAACAAUAAAUAAUAGCCACCAAGCCCAUUUUUUAAUCCAAGGAAGGUACGAAACAAUAUUUGAAUAUCACCCAGUGAAGCAGCAAUGUAGAACCAACCAACCUCGGUGGCUAUCAUGUAGCGUUAGACACUGAGUUAGCGAAUCACCUAGCGUUCCGGAGGCGUCUCGGUGGUAGACAAAGGAAAAAAUAUAUUUUUGAAUUAUUUUUUGCUUUUUCAUAUUUGUUUUGUAAAAAGCAGAAAAAAUUAAAUAAGUUUAUUUAUUUCAUGAUGAAAUUGUUAUUUUUUCUUCUUUUUAGUUUUAUAAAUCAUUUAUUUUUCAAAUUUUGUAAAAAAUUGGGGUUCCUUCGCUUACACUCUUGGAUUCGCGCUUGGAAAAGCUUUACCUAUUUAUUUAAACUUAGUUUUAUUUUAAAAAUAGGGGUUCAUAAACUUAGCAGGUAAUUAUUAUACAAAAAAUCUAAUCACAACACAUAAGUAUUAUACCAUGUUCCAAGUAAUGAAUAAAUGAAAUGAAUUAUGCUAAGUUAUAUAUGUAGAGAACAAUAUGUUUGUUAAAAUUGUAUUAAAAUUUUAUUAAUAUUUUAUUUUUUAUGAACGAUUUUCCUAUUCCUAAUGGCUACUAUUUGCCUAUUUUUACCAAUAAAAUACACUG